UGUGAAAGUGAAAGAGAUACUUGUGUCGAAUUUCGGGGUAUAGUAUAAAAGAUGGGCCGGUGCCGGUGUUGACGCAGACACAUACACAUAGUACAAUUCGUUGUUUGACGCAGAUAAAGUUUGUGCGAGUAAUUUAAAGAUACGCGCGUUUACGUUCCAGAGCACCAUGUCUUCCGAAGACUUCAGUACCCUGAGCGGCGUGUACCCCGUGCUCACUGACGAGAGACUCAGCAAGGCUCUCUCUGACUGGUUCAAGGAGAACGUCACAUUUACUCGAUGGGAGUACGUUGGCGAAACAGGCAAAGGAGAUUCCUACUUAAGCGAAUUGAUGCGCAUCAAUGUCUUCGGCAAAACAGACUCCGGUGACCCUAAAAGUAUCAAAAUCAUUCUUAAGAGUAUCCCCAGAAGCGUCUCCCGUCGUCUCACCUUCAGGAGUGACGAAUUCUUUAAAAACGAAAUAAUUUUCUACACAGAAGUCCUACCAGCCAUGCUAAAAUUCCAAUCCACCAAAAACGUAUCGAAACCUUUCGAUAACUGUCCUAAAGUCUUCCUAACGUAUUGUGACGGAGAAAACGACAUUGUUUGUCUCGAAGAUGUUUCUAUUUACAACUUCGCGCCAUACCCUGUCAGGCAAGAAGGAAUUGACUACGCACAUUGCAAGCAGACAUUCAAAACUAUGGCUAAAUUCCACGCGUUAUCUUUCGCAAUGAGAGACCAAGAGCCUGAAGAAUUUAACAGGAUCAGCAAUUUAAUAUUUGAGACUUACUAUGAUGAGCGUCUCUGGGAUUGGUACGAGGCUUUCUGGAAGCGUCUGUGUGGUAUCGCGAUUGACAGUGUAGAAAAGGAAUAUCCUAACUCCAAAUACGUUGAAAAGGUAAAGGAAUUCGCUGUUCCGGAGAGGUACAAAGAGAUGAUAAAAGCAGUCCAGGAUCGCAAAAAUGGAGUCAUCGGUCACGGAGAUUCCUGGACCAAUAAUUUCUUAUACAAAUAUAUGAACGGACGGCCCGUUGAUGCUAUGAUGAUAGAUUUCCAGCUUACUAGAUGCGCGUCUCCUGUUUUGGACACAUCUUUUGUCAUAUACGGGUGUACUACAGAAGAUAUGAGGGAGAAACAUUAUGUUGAACUGUUGGAGUUUUAUUAUGAAGUCCUUUCUAGCCAGAUGACGGCGUAUGGAAGUGAUCCCGAUAAGGUUUAUUCGCGGACGACGUUUAUGGAUGAAGUGAAGAAGUAUUCGUUCUUUGGUCUGGCGUUUAGUUUCGAAUCGACGCCGCAUAUUGUACUGCCACCAGAAGAAGCCUGUGAUAUGAACAUGGAGGGUGACAAAAAGCGCAACAUAGACGAAAUCUGGCCAAUGACCCCCUUCAAGACGAAGGAGGGGCGUCAGAGAGAGGCGAACAACGUGAAGCACUGCGUCGACCACGAAUACAUAUAAACUGGGAAAAUAGUCCCACAGGAAUCCCACAGGGCUCCUCAAUGGGUCAAAAACGUUCGGAAAAACCGACGUCCCUUUAGACAUUACAAAAAUUAAAUUAACGAUUUGAUUGCCGAGUUCCUUACCGGUUGCUGGUCCCAUAUUGGGAUACCCACCUACAAUUUAGGAGGGAUUGAAAUCUUCUCGGGUCAGAGGUGUAGGGUUAGAGCCGGCGUAGCAUUCUAAUAUGCCUACUUGAAAAUAAACUAUCUUUAUCUUUAAGAAUUUUGUCAUACAACUUUUAAGAAUCUGCCUAUAUGGUUAAAGUAAGAAAUUUUGGAUUCAAUGUCCAUAAGAAAAACGCAUAACCUCAACUCAUACUAAAAAAGUUUUUGACCCAUAUAACUAGUUAAUUCGCGCAUAAUUUCACUUGAAUAUUAGUUGAUUCUUUUAGUUAUUUAUUGUAUAAAAACAAAAAGUACCUACAUUUAACUAAAUUUUAAAACGUGAUAACUUUCAGUACGCACUACAAAUAUAUAAAUCUUCUUCUCUUCCUUGUCGUAACCUCAUGGCUGAGGGACGCGACGAGUGUGGACACUCUUCACCAGUGCUCUCCAGGCCGCUCUGUCUUGGGCCCAGUGCAUGUUAGCCUGCAGUGUGGCGUUUGUCACUGUCGUCACUGAUGUUAUUCUGUCCGCCCAAUAAACAGGACCCGGGUAUGUCCUUAAACUACGUCCAAAAGAGAGGUAUGGGCACUGCGAAUGACAUCUCGCUUUGUGUGGUAGGGCACAGGACAGCGGAUGUCAUUCCAGAUCUAGAGCAGAGCCCAACUGGGGAGGUACCUCCACCUUACAUAAAACCGCAGCCAAAUAACACUAGACCCUACUCAUAGUGUUGUAUUCCUGCCCGUGAGUA